AUGGAUUCUAAGACCUCCAAAUUCCACGCUCUCACCGGCUCCUUAGCCAGGCACAUCUUCUUCCGUGCGUUGUUUCUCGCCUCUGCUGUUUCGCUUGUCUCCUUCAUUCGCUUCCUACCCACCCUUGAUUUGGCAUCGUUGACUCCCAAGACCUAUGUUGACUGCGUUGAUGACUCGGAUUCGCUUUCCGAAAAUGCCACUUUGACCGCUGGUUCCUACUUGUUCCAGAGCCGCAUCCUCAACACCUUUUGGGGUUCCUUUGACUCCAUGAACUGUAAAAAUGACAGCACUUUAACUUCCAUUCUCAUCGGCAUUCUAAAGGGCAAACGACUCCUGAACUAUGGCGCCAAAACUCUCUGCAUUGGACAUGGGUCUCACAUGAUUGCCUCGGCAAUGCAGCGUUUGGGUUUCUCCAGCGUCGUUGGUCUCAACAAGCACGCCUUUUUCUCCCUCAACAGUAAGAAUAUCGCGUCCCACUUUGAGUACAACGACUCUUCUUUUGACUUCGUGGUCUCCAAGGAUGUGGACAUGGUUUCUGUCCCUGCAUUGCUGGUUCUUGAAGUUGAGCGCAUUCUUAAGCCUGGCGGGAUUGGGGUCUUGCUUGUUGGUUCCUCUUCUUCAUCCUCGGUGUCUUCAUUCAUGAGAUCUUCGAGUGUGGUGCAUGUGGUUCAUGUUAACAAACUCAGCCUUGUGGUUUUCAAGAAAAGAUCUGAAAACACUAACACAAGCAUAAACUCCCUUUUUUAUAACCAUGUACUUCCAGAAGAUUGUGCAAGUGUUGCAUUCACCAAGCCUUUGGUGGAGUUGAUGGAGCCUCUUGUGGAGGAAAGAGUGAGACAAGAUGUCAAGUAUGACAAACGUGUCUCCUAUUUGCCAAAAUUGGUGGAUGUUUCAAGUAGGAAGAGGAUGGUGUACAUUGAUAUUGGGGUGAAGCAGUUGGUGAAUGCAAAUGUCGAUGUCAUUGAUUGGUUCCCACCGUCUUAUCCCAUUGAUCUUAAUGCUUUCAGUGUGUAUUUUGUUCAUUACAAUGCUUCCGUUUUGUUGUCCUAUGUGAAACAGCCUCGUGUCACCUUUGUUUAUCAUCCGGGGUUGGCUGGGAAGGAUGCCCACAAUGGAGAUAUGGAUCCGUUUUUGGGAGAGGAAGAGUUUGAUUUUCUUGUGUGGUUUAAAGAAACAGUUCAGUUUGCUGAUUUUGUGGUUCUGAAGAUGAAUGCUGGGGAUGUUGAAAUGAAGUUCCUCGGGGAUAUAUUUGAGAGCGGAGCUAUAUGCUUUGUUGAUGAGUUGUUUCUUAGCUGCUCAGAAAGUGGGGAUGAUGAAGGGGAAAUUAUGAGCAGCAGGGAACGCUGCAUGUAUAUUUACAGGGGUCUUAGAAGCAAUGGUGUCUAUGUUCAUCAAUGGUGGGAUGCCAAAUUGCAUCAAGUGCCUCAAAUGUCAUAUGUACAGUGA